GGGGCCUCGUCUACUAUAAGUCUUUUCCGUGUCGGGAGCGCCGUUGCGGAGUUGGUUGCGGAGUGCUCGGGGGUGCUGGUCCGGUUCGGAGAUGUCUGACCCAGCUCAGCAACCUGCUCCCGGGGCCCCCGAAGGGGGAGCUCCUGGUGGGGCCCCCGCUGGGGCACCCCCCAAUCAGAGCAGUAACCGUCGACUGCAGCAGACGCAAGCCCAGGUGAAGGAGGUUGUUGAUAUAAUGUGUGUAAAUGUAGACAAGGUGCUGGAACGAGAUGAGAAACUGUCAGAGCUAGAUGACCGGGCAGAUGCACUUCAGGCUGGUGCCUCACAAUUUGAAAGUAGUGCAGCAAAACUCAAAAGGAAGUACUGGUGGAAGAACUGCAAGAUGAUGAUCAUGAUGGGAGUGAUUGGUGCCAUUGUGGUGGUGGUGAUUGCAAUAACAGAAGGACCUGGGGGUGGCCAUCAUUGUAGAAGUGGGAAAUUCUGUCUGCCAGGUCAGGUGAACCUGUAAGUAUGAGGGGUUACGCUGGAGUGGGUGGGUUGGCAAGUUCCUUCCCUGGUGGGGAAUUUGGAGCUCUUUGAGGGACCUUUGGUAUAACUUGCCCUCUUGUUCUUUCCUUUUUCUUUCUGUAUUGGUUUGUCUCCAGUCUACUUUUUUACUUGAAUGCACCUCCUUCAGUCUGCAACCUACUGUCCUGUCACCUUGCCUGUCUCUUCUUAUCCCUGAACCUUUCCUUCCCUUCCACCUAGCUUCUUCAUUGAUUUCUUUAUUGGUUUUAAUUAGUCUUCUCUAUAUGACUCUGAAGCACUCUACUGAACAUGGUUAGCCUUAAACAGCUGCUGCAGCUUUAGAGUUUAGAGGAAAGAGAAGUAAAGGAGGAGCAGGUAGCUAUUGCUCCUGCUCUUCUGUAGGGAAUUUCUUUGGUUUAUUUUUGGCUGUUUGUCAACUAGUGCCUGUGUGGAUUCUAGCAAAAUAAGAAUGCCUUAAUGCAGUGCCUUUAGGGAUGAAGGACUUCAGCAUGUGAGAUUCUUUAGUGUUCUGCCUAAAAAGAGUGGCAGCAUGACUUAAGCUUUUCAUCAAGCUUCUGAAAUAAAGGCUAGUUUGCAUUGGCCAGUACUGAGCCAUCUGACCAGGCUCUACAGUGAUCUAGAUUUCUCUAGUCAUGGACAGAUGAGCAUGAGAGAUUCUGCCUGUCCUUAUUUUCAGAUGACUCGCUGUCUGAAUAUGGCCAUUUCAGUUAUGAUAAAGGAGAGCCUACAUGAUUACCUCAGUCAAGUGCAACUGACCGCACACAGUGAAGUAAGGAGAGGUUUUUUUUACUAUCUAGAAGGCAGGUAUGGGAGUAAAAUCUCCUGCCAGAAGGAACAAAAGAACAAUGGUAAGGAGUCUAGUGCAGGGUGGAAAAUAUUCCUCUUAUCUAUGCAGACACAACCCAGGAUGCUGUGGCUUUCUACUAGCUUGUAGCUUUCUGGGAGACUUUGGGGUAGUGGCAGAAUAGGAAUGGGUAUUCUGCUGUUGUUACUGGUUGAAUGUCAAAGGAAAUCCACUCUGUAGCAGAUGGGGCUGAAAGAGCCUGGAGGUAUUCCAGAUGACCCUGAAUGAGCCACACAGCAUUCUGAUUAAGAAUACCUGUUCCAUUUCUGCUGCCACAAAGCCCUAACUUCCAGCAGGAGUUAGAAAAUCCUUGGAAUGGUUAGCUAGGGAUUUGGAGGGAAAUGCUGCUCUGGGCAUAGAUAUUGCAAAGUGACAAUGGAUGUCCCAUUUUAUAGGCUUAGAUCUCUAUAGAGAUCUUGACUAUCAAACUGAAAUCCUCCUACUUCCUAUGGGCUCUCUUUAAUUUACAUCCAGGGUGGUCUCUGCUGGAAAUAAACUUGCAGCAUGGAAUGCUGUGGCUUUCUGUAAGCAAGCCCCUUGUUCUCCUCCAUCACAAUUAACAAGAGUUGUGAAUUGCUUGAAUGUGCCCUGUUCCUCAGUUUCUGCAGUCUUCUGAGGAACGUGCAUCUUUUCUUUACAAGCUGAGCUGCAGCUUAUAAUUAGACUGGAAAGAGGGCACCUCUUUAAUUUAGGAAGUUCUACUUUGGGUGUGUCUAGGCUUAAGGGAAUGUGAGAGGAGAAUAAGAGGAGAAUAUCAAUGGAGUUCCCAGAUAGGAGUGAAGUGCAAAAGAUGGGAGGAGCAGAUGCUUUUUGUUUCAUUGGGUGUGCCAGGGAGGCCACUUUCCUCCUCACUGGGCAUCUGGGAAGGGGCGAGGUUUUGCAUGCUUACUUCCAUGCCCCAGCAUUUCAUUUGCAUCGAGUUCAUCUCCCUGCAAUUCCAUCCCUCUCCACUUUGAGUGAGGGCAGAGAUGAAGAUGUGGAGUGAAGCAGCCCUUGUCCCCUGAGCACUUCCCUAAUUCCCUGUGGAACUGAGAUGUGAUGGAUGGUCAGAAGUGCGUCUACUGAAGAGGAGCCAGGGCCUGCUUGCGCUGCUUACUGCUAUCAUUUUAGGGGGUGGGCAUACAAGCUUGAGGACCCCAGAUGAAAAAAUUUUCUUGAACUCUUCUAAACAAGCCUUUGGUGCCUCAUACCUCCUGUUCCUCUGGGGGGGCUGAGGUCCCCAUAGGCUGUCUCUUCCGUUUCUUUCUCUUAGAUGUUGUAUGUUGCCUUCUCUUCUGCUCCCUUUCCUUUCCUUUGUGUCUUUGUGCAUGGGGGUAAAAAGAUCACCAAGGCCCUCUGAGUAAAAACAAGGGACUCUGCUGUCUGUAGCACUACAGCCACUCAUGCACGUGCAGUUUUAUUUCCUUCCUCUAGAAAAACAACUGUGAUUUCCUCUGGCAUGUUGUAGUUAUCAGCUCAUGUACUUUAAAUGGUCUCUAAAAAACACAGUUCACCACCUUA